AUGGAGAAGGAUGCCCAUGAGUAUCCACAAAUGGAGCAGACUAAGGAGGAGUAUGCUGCACAUACUGAUGAUAUUCAUGAUGCUGAUGAUGUCUCUGCACAUGCUAAUGAUAUUCAUGAUGCUGAUGAGCAGGAUCAGCAGCCCGGAUUCCCUGGGGGACCGGUGGUGACACAUGUGUUGAUACAGUAUGAACACCACAUGGCUCGGAGAUUAUGGGAAGGAGAGCUGAAGAAGUUUGUUGAAGUUCAUGUGCCAGCUCUUGUACAACAUUGGAUUCCGGAAUCUGGGCUGCUACAUCUGUCUUCAGCUUACAUCACAAUGGCUGAUGUUGGUCUGAUAUCUGCAUUUGUUGAAAGGUGGUAUAGGGAGACCAGCUCAUUUAACUUUUUUUUUGGAGAGAUGACCAUCACGUUAGACGACGUCGAUGCUCUCCUUCACAUCUAA